AUGGCGGUCGACUCUGAGUCGAAGCUCGCAAGUGCACCGGUCGUGGAAAAACCACAACAAUCGAAUCAAGGGUUCAAAGUGAAUGGGCUUCGAAAUGGCAACAAAAAGAGCAGCAUCGACACUCCUGUAGUAAGCGGUGGCUACUCAGAAAUUGAUGGAAUUGCGGACAAGUUUCGUCGUCAUCUCGUCAUUCCUAUCAUCAGCAAAUCUACAGGGGCUUCGUCUUGGACUGCUCUCGUUCCAGGGAGUAUUAUUACAGAAAGUGGCAUUUCCGUCGACACAAUCAACGAUAGCAUUUCAGAGAAGGAAGAUUGGCGAGCUGGGGAUGUCGUUGCGGACUCUGUUACCGUGAGAGCGGUUAUCGGACCCCGCGGCCUCCUCCUCUCGGCGCAGCAGCCCGACAAGUCGCAGCAGAACACGUCGGUGCUUCUUGAUGAAAGUGGCUCAUCCGCCAACGUUUCUUUGGUUGUUCAGUCUGAUGGCACACUAGAGGUGCACAAGACGUGCUCGCACGACGGCAUUGACGAGAAUGGUCGACCGUGGCUGGAGCGCCAGAACAGGUUCCUAGAGACGAGCAUCGCUGUGCAAGAAACAGACAUAUUUGUAAAACCCUUGCGGUUCACGGCAGAGGACGAGACAUUCUCCAUCGACUUUCCCUAUCUGGCCAGCCAAACUCUAGCACAGCUUGCCAUGGCGGGCAUGGGCGGCAGCUUGUUGCUGGAUACCACAAGCGGGCUGCUCGGCGAAAUGGCUCUGAAUGUCUGGCCCAAGACUGCAACAGAGGCUCCGAGAGAUUUCAUCGAGAAAGCGCAUUUCGACAGAAUCGACAGACGCGUAGCUAUUGCCCGUGCCGCUGUGCCAGAGCUGGGCGCCAUCAUCGACAGCAGCGAGAUUGUGCUCAACGGCCGAACGCUGCUGGGUUUCCACUUCGUCAUGGAGCAACUGCGAAGCCACCCCGCCAUCGACACCAUUUCUCCGACGCUCAUCGGAGAGAUUCACGGCGACCUGAACCUGCACAAUAUUCUGUGCUGCGUCGGACCGUCUGCGAAGCGGCCGGUCGCUCUGAUAGAUCCGCGAGGCGUGCACCUGCUCAGCGACUUUGCCAAGACGCGCGACUUUGAGCCAGGCGACUAUGCGUACGAGCUCUCUAAGCUCAAGUUUUCGCUUUCGGCCUUUUCAGAGAUACGACACGGUUUCUUGGAGCUGCAGGGCCAGGGAACAGACUUUAAGAUUAGCUUCAAGCACCACUCUGGCUCCGAGACAAUGAGGCAGGCUGACGCAGGGUUCUUUGAUGCGCUUUCUACAAACGCCGAGUUUAUGAAAUGGGUCGAGAUGGUUGAGCCUGCUGGCUUCGACGCCUUGCGAAAGCGAGUCUUGCUUGGCGAGGCUGCGAAUUUCGUCGCCGAUGCUGCCUGCGCAUUGGGCCGCGACACGGUGCAUGAAGUGAUCCCGCUCUUCCUGAUUGGCUUGGACAAGCUCAACAGUGUUCUGGCCAUCUUGAAUGAUACGAUAUCUGAGCACAAGUUGGAUGACUGGUUUGCGCGUAGCGAAGAGCAGGACACAACGACUGGCAUCUUGGCAGUGCAGCAGUCGCUUCUGAGAGGUCGAGCCGCUGCGCCGCUCUGGGACGUGCUCGAGAUUGCGGUUCCAUCCGACCAGGUAGCUGUUAUGCAAGGUCUGCUUGAGACUCUGCGUGGUAAAUGCUUCCCAUUACAUACCAACGUCUACACUUCCUCCACGUCAAACUCGAAACUCGAGUUUCCUUGUUUGGUAAUCCACGGUCUUCAGAAGGCACAUAGUCCAACAGAAGCAAUACUGUUGGGGGUGACGCACGCAAAUGCUUUCUUCAAGGCUUCUGGGGUAUCGGAUAGCGUAAAGAGUGCGCUGCGAAUCAUUUCUGUGCAGGCCACCGGUGAUGACUCCGGCUCGUUCGGACGACAGGGCAGCAAGCUCCUGGCACCGGGUCCCUGGGGCGCUUCGCCGCUUGGGCUGGUCCUUUUGACGGCGCAGCAGCUUCGUUUCACGAAAGGCGGGCGUUGGAUCCUGGAUGGCACAACUUUCUUCGUGUUGAGCAGGAAGCUCGAGCCACUGACCAGCGACGUCUGCGUGCUUACUUGCCCUCCCGCCGCAGAGGACAUUUCUAACCCUGCUCAAAUGGCAAUGCGAGAAGCCCUGACAAAGUGCAGGGUGCAAGCGAAACCGACGCAAAGCUCUCCUGAGAAGCCGAGCAUCAUGCCGUCCGGGGCCGUGUUUCUCUCGACAGAAGUAACCACCGCCUUGACGCAAUCUGCCAAGCAAGGCACGCAGGCCAGGGGCGACGUCUUGACGGAUAUUAUUUUGGCGGCAAAACUGGACAAGGGUUCGUGGAUUAGACUUUAUGGCGCCAUGGGGUGGGCGGGCGACGUCGACGCAGCAUGGAGUGCAGCGCAGAAGCUGGUGUCUGUAGUUGCAGCCGAGGCUGAGCUCGUUUCGGGUGGUGACAAGGUUGCGAUGUACAGGUUUGGCUCGCUGGAAGAGUACAAGUCAUUGGUUGAAAGGGCAAAGAGCGACCCUGACAUGAACAGCCUGGCAUUCCUCGCUGCUACCCUGGCUUGGCGGGAACAGUGGGCAAUUGGCGAGUGA